UUAUGAAACGAGUCCUUUUUACAUUAUGUCGUCUAAAGGGAGCCACUAUAGUUUAAUUGUUAGCAUCUGUUUGCUUCCAGCCUGCAUGAUCUUCCAUGGAGAAUUUCUCAAACACCACCUCCUUCUUCAAUACCUUCUACAUGUCUGCUCAACGAUUCGUUCUCUUGAUAAAACAAAAUCUCUCCAUGCACUCACAGUCACUCUUGGUCCUAACACUAAGCAAAGCACCUUUCUUCACAAUAAUAUUAUCAAGAUUUAUGCAUCACUCAAUGAAUUGCCAAUGGCACAAAAGGUGUUUGAAAAUAUGCCCCAAAAAAACAUUGUAUCCUAUAAUUCUAUUAUCAGUUCUUAUUGCAAGUAUGAUUAUUUACAGCAAGCCUGGAGGAUUUUUGGUGAGAUGACAUAUUAUGGAUUUAGGCCCAACAACUUCACAUUUGCUGGGUUAUUGUCGUUUACAUCUAUGGAUAUUUAUCGUGGGUUUCAGUUGCAGGCAUUUGCAGUGAAGAAUGGGUUGUUUUACGCUGAUGCUUUUGUGGGUACUGCUUUGAUGGGUCUGUUUGGAAGGUGUGAGCGGGUAGAUGAGGCAUUCCGUGUUUUUGAGGAUAUGCCUGCUAAGAGCUUGGUGACAUGGAAUUCAAUGAUCUCCUUGUUUGGGCAUCAGGACUGUGUGGAAGAUUGUAUGCGUUUGUUUUCUGAGCUUGUCAGGAAAGAAGGUUGUUUGUCUGAAUUUUCCGUUGUGGCUGUUUUGUCUGGAUUAUUAUCCGAGAAAGACAUGGAAUAUGGAGAACAAAUUCAUGGUUUAGUCAUUAAAAGGGGGUUCGAUUAUAAAGUUUCAGUUGUGAAUUCUCUUAUCAACAUGUAUGCAAAAUGUGCAAGCAUACGCCAAGCAGAGAAAUUGUUUGAGGUGGCAGCCUGUAGGGAUAUUGUGACAUGGAAUACAAUCAUUGGUGCAUUGGCAAAAGGCAAGAAGUCCAUUAAAGCUUUACAGCAUUUUUUGAAAAUGUCUAAGGAUGGCAUUAUGCCUAACCAGACCACAUUUGGUAGUCUCAUAAGCUCUUGUGCAGAUUUACAGAUCCUGAUGUAUGGAAAAUUUGUCCAUGCUAAAACAAUCGUGCAUGCUCUUGAAACUGAUGUUUAUGUGGGUAGUGCCUGGGUGGACUAUUAUGCUAAAUGUGACAAACUUGAUGAUGCCCGGCAUUGUUUUUUUAAGAUAAAUGGAAGAAAUGUGGUUUCUUGGAAUUCUUUAAUUCUGGGUUUUGCAAAUAAAGGCUCUUCUAUUUCUAUUUCUUUGCUGCUGGAAAUGCUUCAAUUGGGAUAUCGGCCUAAUGAGUUUUCAUUUUCAGCAGUUCUUAAAUCAUCUUCCAUAAUUGAGCUACAGCAGCUUCAUUGUCUGAUUAUAAGAAUGGGAUAUGAGAUUAAUGAAUUUGUGUUAAGCUCCCUUAUUUCCUCCUAUGGUAGGAACGGUCUCAUAUCUGAUGCGCUUGUAUUUCUGGCAGCUUCAGAAUCACCACUUGCCGCUGUCCCCUCUAACAAUCUUGCUGGAAUCCUUAACAAAUCUGGUCAAUAUCAGGAAACAUUAAAAUUGCUUUCUCAGCUGGAAGAACCAGAUGAUGUUUCUUGGAACAUUGUCAUUGCAGCAUGUGCUCGGAAUGGUAAUUAUAAAGAGGCUUUCGAACUUUUCAAACGUAUGCUUAUGGGCCAAAUCUACCCAGAUAAUUAUACUUAUGUUAGCCUUCUGAGUGUUUGUAGUAAAAUUUGUGAUCUUGCUUUGGGUUGUUCUGUCCAUGGUCUUCUUAUAAAGACUAAUUUCAGUUCCUGUGAUGUAUUUGUCUGCAAUGUAUUGAUAGACAUGUAUGGAAAAUGUGGGUGCCCUGGGAGGUCAGUAAAAAUCUUCAACAGUAUGACAAAUAGGAACCUAAUCACAUGGACAGCUCUAAUUUCGGCUCUUGGUAUUAAUGGUCGUGUCUGUGAAGCAUUAGAAAGGUUCAGGGAGAUGAAAGAUAUGGGUUUUAGACCUGAUAAGGUUGCUUUUAUUGCAGCACUUUCGGCAUGUAGACAUGGUGCUUUGGUGAGAGAAGGAAUACAAUUUUUUGAGGAAAUGAUUAGUUAUGGUAUUGAACCAGACAUGGAUCAUUAUCAUUGUUUUGUGGACUUAUUGGCUAGGCAUGGACAUGUUAAGGAAGCAGAGAAAGUAAUUUCCUGCAUGCCUUUCCCACCAAAUGCCCGCAUAUGGCGUAGUUUCCUUGAAGGCUGCAAGAGAUAUAGAACCAAAGAGGAUCAAGUUUUGGGAAUGUAAACUCAAUGUUGUCAGAGAAAAUCUCUGUAAGACCGAACUUUAUCAAGAAACAGGGCAUGCAAAUUGAAGUUCACUAUAUGAAUUCUUCUCCCAAAUGUUUCUGUUGGGACUUUCUAACCUUUGAAGUUCAUUUUGCGUGAGGUCUGCAUAUCUCCAAAUAAAUGAAGACCUCAUAUAAUGUAAAUUGCUUAUUUAUUCCAUUGAUGCUGACUUAAGCUCACAUAACCGGUAUGGAAAAACAGCUUUUGGGAUCUAUUGAAAUGAUUUCUUCUUCCUCUCUUUUCUGUUUGAUGCUAGGUGCCAUACAGAUUUAUUGUCAACCUAUAGUUUAUAAUAUUAACCAAUCAGAAGUGGUAAAGCCGCAUAUUUGUGGGCGGCAUCCACAUAAUGUUUCCUUAAGCACGUGCUUACCAAAGCCAAAAUUUGGCCAACUCAGUUUGGACCUUCGUCCCUUUCUUCAUCAGUUUAUGCCGCAGGCUUCCCUUUAAUCAAGACGUGAAAGUUGGGAGCAGCAAGUGAACUGUGUAGAAACCUACCAUAGGAGGAAGAGAUAAGAGUAGCUGGGGACAACUUCUUUGCAAAAGCUCGAGGAAGGCUGUGUUCAUCAACCCUUCUCAGAGCCUGCAAAUGUGAGAUGCUUCAUGCAUUGGGUCACCUUUAAGCUUACUAUUGUGCAAGAAAUGGUCUAUUAACCUAAAAUGGUGAUUAAGCUGUCAGAACUUAGAAUUGGUUUGAUUGGUGCAAUAAAGAGUACUCCCUCCCGUGUCACUUGAAGAAAGAGUCAAUGCAAGGGAGAGCAGUAUCAUAUUUUUUGUUAGUGGUUUAAAGUUAAAUGGGAGACGACAACCAACUCCAAAUCUAAAGAGUAGAAAACUUUCUGCAUAUACCUUAAGGUGUUUAAUUUGUCCUUUUUUAGGAGCCAUUAUCAAUUUAUCGUAUAUAAUAGUAAAGUUGGACAGAAAAAACAAAAUAUAGUGGUCCAUUAUAUGUGUCCUAGCACUCAUCUUAUCUGCCUCUAAUCUUAUAAAUAGCAGCAAGCUGUAAGCUGUACAUCUCACUCGUCUUAACUAUCUGUGAACUAUUCAAGCUAGUUGAGUUUGCUAUAUAGAUCCUGUUCUUCCAGUUCCAUUUUAUAAGUAGUAGCUCUACUUAUAAGUCUUGGAACUAACUUUGUGUUAGCUUCUCUUUCAGAACAAACUUGUUAACUCUUCAAGAUCUAACCUAGCAUUAGAUGGCCAAUCCAACUGGAAAACAGGCUUUGGUUUUGUUCCUGAUUGUGUUUAUGGUUCUUAUGAUCAGGUCUGAGGCAAGAGUUCAUAGGAAGGAGCUUGAUAGUCGCCAACUUUUACGUGAAAUGGGAUACACUGGUUCAAAACUGGAGUAUCAUCGACGGAUUUCGCUGCUAAAUUCAGAUAUUGAUAGAGUAUCUCCUGGAGGACCUGAUCCUGAACAUCAUUCUCACUCUCCAGGAAAGGCUCAAUGCCUGACAUGCAUCCCCAUAUAGCAAACUCCGAGAAACAAAAAGAUCAUUUCAUGACUUUUGUAUCUUCAGUUUCAUGCAAAUGAAUGCUUGCAACUUUUUAUUUUAUGGUACUUUUAUCUUUAUUGGCAUUGUUGCUGAAGUGUAGUUUUCAUUUUCAGAAUUAUAAUGCUAAUGUAAGGUUCUUAGAAAAAGAGAACCGGCUAGUCAACUGAGCAAAACCUUGGCAAUAAAAGAACUAUAUCCUCUUCUGUUUUA